UUUCAGAUAUGACACGUCUGUGGUUUUAAGACGUAGCAACCCUAACGACAACUUUUAACCCAAUAUGUCCGACCCAGAGGGAGUGAUUGAGGGGUCGAUUAAAGACUCGGGGGAUAACGUUGGAGGAACAGUCAUAAGUGAUGUAUGCGAGGCCGAUAUGGCCUUAGAGAAUGGACAGACAGAGAUUGGAGGUGACCCUCCUAAGCCACAAGCUAUUGAACAGGGGAAAGAGGUGAACCAAAUACAAACUGACAAUGAGUCCCCAGAAUCUGAUCCCCAACCAACAGGUCCAGGGGAUGUCUUGAAUACAGUCGAGACAGAUUCAAAUCGUGGUGUAAGCUUUGAUGACGAAGUAGAUGAUCGAAUGAGUAUGGAAGUACAGCUAGGUGGGGGGAGCUCAAGACGAGCAAGUGAUGUCAGUACACUCUCUAACUACCAGAAUAUUACAAUUGAAGAGCAAGAGAAUAGUGAAAAUACUGACCUUGACCCUGAAAGUUGUAGUAAUGACCCUGUGUCAUCUAAGAUAGACUCUGAUAGUGAUUCUUGCCCAAAUGACUUCACAGAAGCAGAUGCGGACACAUUUGCAGAUGGAUUUACAACAGUUAGACGUCUUAAGGAUGAAGUGGAGGCUGAAAAUUAUAAAUAUGAAGAAAAGCUGAAGGAAAAAGUAAGAGAGGUUGAGGAAAAACGAAAAUCUGGAGAAUUAGAUCAUAUUUCAGAUGAUGUGAUCAACAAUGAGCAAUAUCCUGAAAAUGAAAAAACUGAAUCAAAUGAAGGUGAUAAGUCAGAUGGUGAUGAUAUGAAUGAUAAAUUAGAAGCAGAUAUGCCUGAUAAUGAUAGCUGUUCUAAAGAUGCCAAUGAUGUGGAGAAUCAUUUAGAAAAGUCCCAAGAAAUGCAAGUUGAAAACCAGGAUGAAAUCGACGCAAAAUUGCAAUCAAUAGAAAGCAAGGAUCAAGAAAAGGAUUUAGAUGUAAACACACAGAGAUCAAUUCCAUGUAAUCCUAGUGUAAAUCACUCUCCACGAGAAGAAACUAAUCAUCUCCAUGAGCCUGAGUCAAUCAAUAAAUUAACAGACAAUAUUGCCAAUACCCAGGGUGCAUUAGCACAGGAAGUAGCCAAUAAGCAUGCUCAGUUAAGUAGCGCUGAAAUUGAGGCAAAUGCAAACAGCAAUAGUGGCAUAUUAACGAGUAGUAAUGACAAGGCAAUCAAUAGCAAUAGUAAUAGCACCAAGAACAUGGCAGGACAGAAGCCAGUAACUUCAAGUAAACGAAAUAGCUUAGAAAUCCGUAACAACAUCCCUGAUGUAACAGAAAUAAAAAAUUAUCAGCAAGAUGAUAUUGAUAUAAGGAAUACUACACAAGCUACAGCCGUGCCAAAAAUUAAGAAAAAAUCGCCAGGAUUAGCGCAGCGUGUCCAAGACCAGGAUGAGGAUUAUGUGAGAGAAUACCGAGAUACAUCAAGCUCAGAGCGUGAGGUUGAUAUUGAGGCUACACGAGCAAAGUUAGAAGCUAGUAUAACACAGCAGGUGGAACAUAUGGUAAAUUCAAACAGUAGGGAAGGUAGUUUGUCCCCAAGGGGUACCUUAGAGCGUAUCAAGCCUUCCCUAAAUGAUCUACAGGCACAGAAGGAACAAGCCCAGAUGACUGAAAAUAAAUUAAAACAGGAACAAAGUGAAAGAAAUGAUAAUCGGGAUGUAGAAAAUGAAUAUGAUUAUAUUAAAUAUGCCAGGGUCCAGGCAGAUGAUGGUAACUCCUAUGUUGGAAUGCGGUUGGCUUUUUCCACCUCAAAUGAUUCUAUUCAUUCUAAGGGGGCUGUUUUAAGUGACGCAAGUGCAGGAAGCUCCAGGGAACCAUCCCCCGAUAAAACUAUCGUCCAAUCCCCAAGGAAACCGAACUCUCUUGGUGAAAUCCAAAGUAAUUUAAUUCCUAAAAUAUCAGAGGAAACUUUAACUGAUGGACCUGUAAAUAACAGCGAUACUGUACCUAUGGACGACAGUAAACACUUUACUCUGUCACCGGAAUUAACAGAAUGCGAUAGUGCUGAAGUUGAAAGUGUGUUAUCUGAGGGUCGAUCUGAAGGUGGAAUGCCAACUGUCGAAGAUGGUCUAUCCAGUAGUCAAAACAGUGACACAGAGGACCCAUUCUACAAUGAGCUACCACAUAAUCCCUCGGAGUUGUUAAAACAGAGGGUAAAAGAGCAGAUAAAUCUCCAGUUAGUUGACCCACAGGAGGUGGUUAAUGGAAUAAUAGAGAGGAGUAACAUACAACAACAAGAGCAGAAAAAGGCACUGGAGUUAGCCAUGAAGGACAUCAAAACUGCCAUAAACGAAACUAAACAACAGGAACUAGAGUCCCCUUAUGCAGAGAGUUUAGAGUCCACACAAAGACCGCAACAUCCAGAGCCUGUAUGGGUCAUGAGAGAUGCCUACCUUAAGCACAAUGAAGAAUUUAAAAAAGCGCGUGAAGAAGCCCAGCUCAGACAACAAGAUGACUUACAGAAACGUGAGAACGAUAGAGUAUAUGAGCUUGAAGAAGAUGACCGGUUACUUGCCCACCAGUAUACAAGGAAUGAUGGCAAAGUAUACCAGCCUGGAAGAGGUUACAGUUCAGAUGAUGAUUACGAUGACUACGACCAAGAUCGUCGACACCAUUUUGCAAAAUCUCGCAAACAACACGGCUCUAAAUAUUCCUCCAUACCAAAUAAUGAAGAUGCGCAUGAAACGGAACAGUUUUAUCAACGUAAUAAAAAACCAAGUACUCGGACACAUAGCAAUGAGCAUAAAAUGACAUCAUAUUCAGACUCAAACUCUUACGUAUCAGAUUCAAGGAAUAAUGGAAAUGCUUAUAAUGAUGUGCAAGAAGACCAUACUGUAAUGUCGGCUUAUGAUCCUACGCGAUAUACAGAGGAACAAUAUAAACGACGUAGCUUUACGAGUGACGAGGAUGACAUACGUGACGAAACGCAGGCUGUUUAUAUUAGGGAGCCUCGAGAGGGAGAGUAUGACACAGAUGAGGAGACGGACCAACUACUGGACAGGAACUAUGUCAAAGAGGCCAAGGUUGACAUCCCAGAAUUGUCUACACCUCCAGUUAACAGGAGUGCUCAGGCUGAGAAGCGCCGUACCAGAGCAAAAGAAGUUCAAAUCAAUGAUCCUGAUGAUCCCUCAGUGCUGAUAGAAGGCGUACUGUUCCGUGCUAAAUAUCUUGGCUCAACCCAACUGAUCUCAGACUCAGCGCCAUCUAAAGGGAUGCGUAUGAUGCAGGCCCAAGAGGCUGUGGGCAGAAUCAAGGCGCCUGAGGGAGAGAGUCAGCCAAGUACUGAAGUAGACUUGUUCGUUUCAACUGAGAAAAUAAUGGUGCUUAAUACAGACUUACAGGAAAUCAUGAUGGACCAUUCGUUGCGGUCUAUCUCUUACAUCGCUGAUAUCGGGGACAUUGUGGUUAUAAUGGCAAAGAGGCGCAUGUUGAAUAGUCCGAGUGACGAUUCUUUACGACGUAAAAAACAAGCCAAGAUUGUCUGCCAUGUAUUUGAGUCUGAUGAGGCCCAGCUGAUUGCUCAGUCUAUAGGCCAGGCCUUCCAAGUGGCUUAUAUGGAAUUCCUGAGGGCCAAUGGAAUAGAAGAUCCUGGUCUUAUGAAAGAGAUUGACUACCAAGAAGUCCUAAAUCAGCAAGAAAUAUUUGGUGAAGAGCUCAACUUAUUUUCUAAAAAAGAACUUCAAAAAGAGGUGAUAGUGCCGAAGGCGAAGGGAGAGUUACUAGGGGUUGUCGUUGUAGAAUCUGGGUGGGGGUCUAUGGUGCCUACAGUUGUACUUGCCAACAUGUGUCCUACUGGACCAGCAGCCAGAUGUGGGCAGUUAAAUAUUGGUGAUCAAAUCAUAUCCGUGAAUGGAAUCAGCCUCGUUGGACUUCCACUGUCUUCCUGCCAAAACUAUAUCAAGGCUGUCAAGAACCAAACGGUGGUUAAGAUGACUGUGGUGUCAUGUCCCCCAGUGGUUGAGGUGCUCAUCAAACGACCAGAUGUCAAAUAUCAACUGGGCUUUAGUGUGCAGAAUGGAGUGAUAUGCAGUUUACUACGAGGGGGUAUAGCUGAGAGAGGGGGCGUGAGGGUAGGGCAUAGGAUCAUUGAAAUUAAUGGCAACAGUGUUGUAGCAGUGCCUCAUGAGAAAAUUGUCAACAUGCUAGCUUCAUCCGUUGGAGAGAUUGCAAUGAAAACCAUGCCAACCUCAAUCUUCAGACUGCUGACUGGCUUAGAAACACCAGUGUAUAUUUAG